AUGGAUUUCUUUAAUAGCUCCAACCUGGAGGGCGGGAUACGGGCAGAAAAUAUCUCCUCUAAUUCCACUUCUCAGGGCCAGUACACCCAGCUCGCUAUCUGGGGUCUGGCUGGACUUGUCAGCUUUCUGAUUUUGUUUACAAUAGUCGGGAACGUCUUGGUUGUCAUCGCCGUUUUGACGAGCAGAGCUCUGAAACCACCCCAGAACCUUUUUCUCGUCUCCCUGGCCAGUGCGGACAUACUGGUGGCCACCCUGGUUAUGCCCUUUUCUCUGGCAAAUGAACUCAUGGGCUACUGGUUUUUUGGCAAAAUUUGGUGCGACAUCUAUCUGGCUCUGGACGUUUUAUUCUGCACCUCUUCUAUUGUUCAUCUGUGCGCUAUUAGUUUGGACAGGUACUGGUCGGUGACACAGGCUGUAGAGUACAACUUAAAGAGAACACCUAAAAGAGUGAAAGGGAUGAUUGUGGUGGUGUGGUUGAUCUCAGCCGUCAUCUCCUUCCCGCCACUCAUAUCAAUGGACAGGAGCAGCAAUGAGGCCAAUCCCCAGUGUAUCCUGAAUGAUGAGACCUGGUACAUCCUCUACUCCAGCAUUGGAUCAUUCUUUGCCCCUUGUGUCAUUAUGAUCCUGGUAUAUAUCCGGAUCUACCAGGUGGCAAAGACCAGGACCAGAACAAUGUCAGAGAAGAAGAGGGAUGUGGACUCCCCACUGGAGAAUGGGAUGGACCAAGCCGAACCGGGCAGAGGCGGGUCAUUAAAGUCCAACAGGGGCGGGAGCAUGAAAGACCAGGAACGUGAGAAUGGGCACUGCCAGGAGCAGGCAGCUCAGUCCCCUCUACCGAACGAGCCGAAACACGCACUGACAGACCAUGACGACGACUUUGAUGAUAGCAGCUCAUCAGAUGAGAAGCUUAAAAAAAGUUCAGGUUCCUCCAAACAUCACCACGAUGACAGGAAAGACAGGAAGUCCAGCCGGAAGAGCAGCUCCGCCUCUAAAUACUCUAGCAGGAAGUCGCGUGCCAGUUCCAAGUCCAUGGAGCUGUUCUCGUCUCGUCGCAAACGUCGCAGCACCGUCAAUAGGAAGAAAGUCUCCGCUGCUCGGGAGAAACGCUUCACCUUCGUCCUCGCCGUCGUCAUGGGCGUAUUUGUUCUGUGCUGGUUCCCCUUCUUCUUCUCCUACAGCCUGUAUGGAAUCUGCCGGGAGCCGUGCCAGAUCCCCGAGACGCUGUUCAAGUUCUUUUUCUGGAUUGGCUACUGUAACAGCUCCCUGAACCCGGUCAUCUACACCAUCUUCAACCAGGACUUCCGCAGAGCCUUCCAGAAGAUCCUGUGUAAGUCAUGGAAACGCUCUUUCUGA